AUGGAGAACCCCAAGGAAAAGUUUGAGUAUGGUAGUUGCAUGAGAAAUUAUGCAGCAAAGCUUGGUGGCCAUGCCACCGAUGGCUGCCAAGAAUUCGUCCCGGCUGGCGAUGAUUCUCGUUGUGUCGCAUGUGGGUGCCACCUGAGCUUCCACAACAAGAUGGCUGUGGUGGACAAUACUUGUGGUGGUGGUGGUGGCAAUGAAGAGAGUAGCAACAACGCUGUGAAGGUUAAAGCUGAGGUGAUAGAAGUGAGUGAUGAUGAGGCGGAGAAGGAGAAGGAGAACCAACUACUAGCGCUCCUCGAGGUGGCAGAGCAGCAACCACAACAGCAAUGGCAGCAACAACAACAUCAUGGAGUGGUGGUGGAGCAGAUGGGUAGUUCGAGGAGGAGGGCAAGGACAAGGUUUACAGACGAGCAAAGGCAACAGAUGUUUGCAUUUUCAAAUAGUCUUGGGUGGAGGAUGCGGAGGGAGAGAUGGGAUGAGACUAAUCGGUUUUGUGAACAGAUUGGGGUUUCUAGACAAGUCUUCAAAGCCUGGCUCAACAACAACAAGCCCCGAUGA